AUGUCCACACUUCUGUGGAGCGUCUACAAUCCAGACUUGAUGCGCAGGAACCGGAUGCCUCUGGCCAACCACAACCUGAAUGGCAUGUUCAACACACAUAGGGCAGCUCCUCCCAGCUCCAGCUUCUUACCUGGAUUCAUCCCACCACCGGCAGUCAGCAACCCACAAGCGCUCGCUCACCUGGUUACGAGAGCCGUCAGCCGCACCUUAGGCUGUUCCUCCAGCUUCAUGAGAGGCGCCAGCAGCUUCGGUAAUGGCCAGUGCGGAGCAACAGGCACGGCUCCCCAGCCACCCUCAGGGGCCUUAGCCGUGCAGCAGUUCCACCAGGAGAACGGCCAGCUUAGCCUGCAGCAGCAGCCGAUGCCGCCGCAGCCGCAGCCGAUGCCGAUGCCGCCGCCGCAGCAGAAGGCAAGUAGCUCUAGCUCUGCGGUCACUUCGGAGCGCUAUAAGACUGAGCUGUGUUGGCCCUUUGAGGAAAGCGGCCGUUGCAGGUAUGGCCAAAAGUGCCAGUUUGCGCACGGUUCCCGAGAACUGCGUACCCCGCUGAGGCACCCCAAGUACAAGACUGAGCCUUGCCGCACCUUCCACAGCGUUGGCAUCUGCCCCUAUGGCACUCGUUGCCACUUCAUACACAACCAGCAUGAUCAUCAAGUCGUGCCUUCCGGGAGCGCCUCUGAGGAGCCCUGUUCCGCCAAUGGCAGCGACUCGGGGCCCUCCGACACAGGGUCCUCCGGCUUCAACGAGGAGCCAAAGCCGAUGAUGCAGACGGCCAGCUCUGUCAGCUCUUCCACCUUACCUUCAGGCCACAGCCAUCCUCAACAGGCGCCUCUGCUGCUCAGUACCCCGCUGUUGAGCUCAGGUAUGCCUCUGCCUCCUUCAUACCCUGCAGCUACUCUCCCCGCGACUUACUGUGCCUCUAUGGCUGCCGCCUCUGCGACUGUUUUGGCAGCUGCGUCUGCAGCUGCUAUGUUGUAUCAAAACGGCGGCGGAGUCCCAUGCACUACCUGUGCCAACCAUACCAUCGUUAUCAGCCAGGCGAUGGGUGGCUACAUGGCGCCUGUGGCAUUCCCGACCCUCAACUUCGCUGCCGCCAAUGCCACCACCAUCUAUCACAGCCAGCAGCAGAACCUGGCAGCUCCUAUGCAAUUCCCGAUGCCUCUUGUCAGGCCUCCAGCCAGCAUCUUAGCCCCGAACUCUGUUGCUCCCACGGCCACGGCCGCCAUAGCUCCCGGGGCUGCCGCUGCCAUCUUAGUCAACCCUGGCGCCGCCGCCGCUGCCGCCGCCGCCGCCGCCACGGCUGCAGUUGUCCCUGCUGCUACUGCAGCUGCCAACACCACCUCCUCUGCCUCUAUCCCGGCUGCCACCGCUGCCGAAGGUCCUGCACAGCACUUCAGCCUCCAACUGCCAGGCACCCAGUCUGAGUCGCCGGAUUUCGACAUGCUCACCAGCAGACUGGAUUCCCUGUUGGGCACCAACAACCUCGACAACCUUCUGAGUUGCUCCUCGAGCUCCAGCAACCUCAAUGAUUCCGAAUCUCCCAGAAUCAAAUCCAGCCGCCGUCUGCCCAUCUUCAGCCGCCUCUCAGACUCAGACAAAUGA